AUGAAAGAUCCGAUACCGAGGGUCAACCUAUCCACAGGAUCUGAAUUUGUCCUUGUAGGCCUCUCUGAUGCUCCUGAAGUCCGUUUUCUUCUCUUUCUGCUGUUUUUGAUCAUUUAUCUGGCCUCCCUGGCAGGGAACAUCACAAUCCUGGUUGCCAUUAGCACAGACGCUCGUCUGCACAACCCCAUGUACUUCUUCCUUGGCAACUUAUCCUUGCUGGAUAUUUUAUGUCCCACCAUCACUGUGCCAAAGAUGCUGGAGGCCUUGUUGCUGGAGAACAAGGUGAUCUCCUUCCCUGGCUGCAUGUUCCAGCUGUUCUUCCUCAUUGAUGUUGUAGGCACAGAGAUUUUUCUCCUGGCUCUGAUGGCUUAUGACCGUUAUGUCGCGAUAUGUCACCCCCUGCAGUACAUGAACGUUGUGAGCCUGAAGCUGUGUGCUCACCUGGCCAUUGGCACCUGGGUAGCAGGGUUUUUGAAUUCCCUCUUGCACACAACUUUGAUUUUUACCCUCUCUUUCUGUGGUUCUCAUGAAGUCGACCAGUAUUACUGUGACAUUCCCCCGCUGCUGGCCCUCUCCUGCUCGCCUACUUACAGCAGGGAACUGGUCAUUCUCACAGUUGCUGGGGUCCUGGGAAGUGGUGCCUUUGUGGCCACUCUCAUCUCCUACAUCUAUAUCCUCCUGGCUAUCCUGCAGAUGAAGUCUCCUGAGAGCAGGCACAAGGCCUUCUCCACGUGUGGCUCCCACUUGACAGUCGUGUGCCUCUUCUAUGGGACCACCAUCUGCACGUAUGUGCGACCCUCCUCCACCUACUCACCUACUCAGGAUAGGAUUGUUUCCAUGCUCUAUGGGAUCCUCACUCCCCUGCUAAACCCCCUCAUCUACAGCCUGAGGAACAAAGAAGUCAAAUGUGCCCUAAGCAGAGUGAUCAGCCGGGUAAGAACUGCUUUAAUGAGACAAUAA